AUGUUAUUUUCACUCGGUGAUACUGUAACCGCUGGUUUCUUGGCUGGUGAUUCAUCACCAUUGUCAACCAAUGAGUAUCGUGGAUUCUCUUAUGUAACAGGUAACCAAACCGAUGCCUGGACUCUUAAUAACUUUGUAACACAGUCCGCUGCUACACUUACAGGUGGUUCCGUCAAUCUGUUGAACGGAGCACGUCCAGCCGGUACCUACUAUUCAUCGUACGACGGUUUCAACGGUGCCACCAAGGGCAGUGAAGACUAUAUCAACGGUGAGUUGAACUUUGUUGUCAACCAAGCCAACAACAAGGUAGGCUCAACCAAUGUAAGUAGCCAAUGGAAAAUGGUAACCAUGUACCUCGGUCUCUUCAAAGCCUGCACCAUGUGUCAAACCACACAGGCUGCCUACCAAACCAAUCCAACUUUCUGGGGUUCCUACUAUUAUGAAUUGAUUGAAAACAUCACAACUACUUUCAAUCAAAAAACAAUGAUUAACAUGGUUGGAUUACCAAAGAUCUCUCAAUUUUAUUCAUCUACUGCCUCUGCAUGUAAAUCCUACAAUCAAGCUAAUAAUAUUUGUCCAUGUUUGUGGUCUCAGUCCACUUCUACUUUGGAUAGUAUCAUUACUGCCGCCAACACUGGAAUGAAGAAUGCCAUUUCAACCUGGAAGUCUAGUGUCGACCAAACCACCACAACCGUUGGAAUCACUUACCAGCCAUUCUUGGUCGAUACUGUUUUCGCAUCGACAUCACUCUCGAGCGUUGACUGCUUCCAUCCCAAUGUUGACGGUCAAAAGCUGAUGACCAUAGGACUCUGGAACAACAUUCGUCAGAGCACCAAAUCGACAUCGGUAACUAGCAGUACCUCGAUGGUAUGUGGAUCACCAUACGCUGCAAUCUACAGUACCACUUCAUCCUAUUAA